AUGCCCUACCCGCGCCCGGUCUCCCCACUCUCCCUCGAAACAUGCGCCUCACCGCCACAUGGCGAUGACUUUGAUGACUUCCUCGGCUCGGACGAUGAGUUGGAUACCACCUCGAGGGUCGCGAAGCGGCAACGCAUCGAGAAAUUGGCCGAGUCCUAUCUGCAGGGAAAGCCGCUGUUUAUUCUCUCUGCUUCCCUGAAGGGUCCGUUGGACGAAGAAUGGAGAAAUCCUUGGAAGAAGAACAGGAAAAAUGGGGCUCGUACUUCAGAGUCGUCCAAAUCCAAGAUCAAGGGACCCGAGCGCGUGGCUAAGGAGACCGAUUUACGCGCGCCGAAGUUGGUGGAACGUUUGCCCAUUGGUAGUCGUGAGCCCGAGAUACCUGCAUCGUCUUUGAACUACAUCGAAAGAGCCUCAGUGCAGCCUGGAAUUCAGUCCUCAUCCAGAUCACAACGGAGGGACCCAGAACAAUCCGCCUCAAGGUCAGGGCGUGGUGCGUCGAAUGGGGUCUCACGUUCGCCUGCGAAAUCUAGCGCCCAGCCAUGUUCGCCAGCGAAAGAUCAAUCGCCAGUACCACCUCGGACGGCUGAUUGGUUAAAGAAGGAUCGACGGCUGAUGAACUUCACCAACUUCGAACCGCCCAGCUCGCCGACAGCAUCAAUUUCAUCUCGACAUUCAGACAAGUCCCUGCGACCUCCGACUCGCAGUGUUCAGGUACAAGUUCCGCAAACACCAGCAUCGCCAACAAAACCACGCGCCCUCAAAAAGGUACCACCGAAGACCGUCCAGAGUAGCACGAAAGGACAUUCCUCACCUAAGUCAGCACACACUAGUGCAUCCACCUCCCACCAAGUACAAUCAGUGUCAAAGCAAUCACCACUUAGGCGAACUGAGGCUACAGAAGAUCCCCCUUCUCUGCGCAUCGUUAAUUCUUCUUCUCAGCUGCCAAGGUUUGAAUACCGUCGUUGCCAUGCUGAGAAGUCGAAGUCGCCAAUGGAUGACGAGAGUAUCCUCCAAGAGGAAACCAUCCUUCAUGGCGAAAGCACCCAAGAAGAAGCUGCAGCUCCCUUGUCACCCAGUGGUAGCGUGAAGAAUGACAGCAUGGCCCCUACUCUACCGAAUGGCACGGACAAGGCCGCCGCAAAUCCGUCACCCACUGAUUCCACCGAUGUCCAAGCAUCAAAGCCCGGUGUAUCCGACUCCCCCAAAGCAGAAUUUGACCCCACGGAGACAUGCCCCCAACAAGCCGAAAGCCAAAAGACCUUAUCCAAAGACCUUAGGUUCGCGGAAAACACGGAUAUCGUGAACGAGGACAACGACACAACGUUUCAAGGCACAGCGCCAUCUACCGAGCUUGAUCAAAAUACCACUGAGCCAAACACAUAUGAUGAUCUUCCCUCCGCCCAGAGAGUACCAGCACCGUUGGGGGCCUCGGACCGAAUCACGUCAUUGCACUCGACGGCAUUGCCCAAGGCAGAUACUGAUAUCGACUCAAGCGUCAGUCCUGAGACUCAGCUUUCGACGCAAGCAGCACUAUCCCACGCCCAGAAAUCCUUCCAGGAUGACCUGGAUAGUCCCGCAUAUUAUGCGACUACGCCCGGCCAGAAUAAAGCCAUUCAUUCGCCUAGUGGGACAUAUUCCGCCAAUGUCACUCCUUUCUAUCGCAUAGAAGAAUCAAUUCGUCGCGACCUAGAACAAGCCUCUUUAUCUGCAGAUAAGGACAGGAUGCAAGCAAUGAACACGCAGUUCAUGCUCGACGCAGCUACUCCCUUCAACUUUAGCACAGAGCCAGCUGGACAAGACCGAAGCUGGAACCCGAUCAACAAAAACGCGACACAGACCCUGAACACACAGUUCAUGUUGGAUGCUGCCUCCCCUUAUGCAUUCAGCACGGAGAAGAAGCCACGUGCAGCUCGUCCAGCCUCAGCCAAACGCAUAAUUACUGGAUCCAAAAGGAAGCAACGUCAUGAUGCCAGCAGCUCCGCCUCUCCCAAGAGCGAUUCUACAAAUGUUGAAUACGAAUAUCAUUCUGCCCAAUCUCAUUCAAGCGGCAAUGAGGCCAGCCCUUCGUCUGCCGCCCCAAAACCAGGCCAUGAGUCCACCAACCUUCCAUCCUUUUCACUUGACUUGGACGAAGCUACCCCAGUCGCAGGCCAAGACGGACAGGGCGUCAAUCAAGCGGUGGAAACUUUCAAUCUCAGCCAGGCCAUUGCCGAUGCCGGAAGUUGGCUAAAGCAAAGCUUUGACUUCAUGAAGGAUACUGGACAGCCGAGCCAAAGUUCUCAGAGACAUUCUCUGAACAUGGAUCUAUCCUAA